UUUGAUUGAAGUUUUUUUUAAUGGCAUCAUGCAGUCUUUCUUUCCAGCGAUGACAAAAAUUGUUGGCACCCUUGGCCCAAAGUCACGAUCAGUUGAUAUAAUUUCCCGUUGCCUUGAUGCAGGAAUGUCUGUGGCGAGGUUAGACUUCUCAUGGGGUGAUCCAGAAUACCAUCAGGAGACAUUGGAAAAUUUGAGAGCUGCUAUCAAAAGAACCAAGAAACUCUGUGCGGUUAUGCUAGAUACUAUGGGUCCAGAAUUACAGAUUGUGAAUAAGACUGAGCAGCCAAUCACCCUUGAAGAAGACACAUUGGUUGUCUUAACUCCAGAUCAAAACAAAGAAGCUAGUUCAAAACUCUUGCCACUAAAUUUUAGUGGGUUAUCGAAGGCUAUUAAGAAGGGUGAUACUAUUUUUAUCGGAAAAUACCUCUUCACUGGAAGUGAAACAGCUUCAGUAUGGCUGGAGGUCAGUGAGGUGAAUGGUGAUGAUAUCUCCUGCCUCGUAAAAAACACUGCCACACUCUCGGGACCAUUGUUUACUGUCCAUGUCUCUCAGAUUCAUAUUGAUCUUCCUAGUCUCACUGAUAAGGAUAAGGAGGUGAUACGUACAUGGGGUGUUCGAAACAAUAUAGACAUCCUUUCAUUAUAUACCAGGCACGCUCAAGAUAUUUGCCAUGCGCGUGAAUUUCUCUCUAAUUUGGGUGACAUUAAGCAGACGCAUAUUUUUGCGAAGAUUGAAAACAUAGAAGGACUGACAAAUUUUGAUGGGAUAUUGAAAGAAGCAGAUGGCAUCAUCCUCGCCCGUGGAAAUUUAGGGAUAGAACUCCCACCUGAGAAGGUUUUCUUAUUCCAAAAAGCUGCUAUUUACAAGUGUAACAUGGCUGGAAAGCCAGUUGUUGUUACACGUGUUGUGGACUCUAUGACUGAUAAUCUAAGACCUACUCGUGCUGAAGCAACCGAUGUUGCCAAUGCAGUGUUGGAUGGAAGCGAUGCAAUUCUCCUUGGAGCUGAGACCCUUCGGGGACAAUACCCUGUAGAGACCAUUUCAACAGUUGGAAAAAUAUGUGCUGAGGCAGAGAAAGUUCAUAAUCAAGAUUUGUAUUUUAAGAAGGCUGUAAAACAUGUGGGAGAGCCAAUGAGCCACUUGGAAGCAAUUGCUUCCUCAGCGGUUCGAGCAGCUAUCAAGGUUAGGGCAUCUGUUAUUAUUUGCUUCACUUCAUCUGGAAGAGCUGCAAGAUUGAUUGCUAAGUACAGACCAACCAUGCCUGUAAUAUCUGUUGUAGUUCCCCAGUUGAGGACAAAUCAACUCAAAUGGACUUUCACCGGUGCUUUUGAGGCUAGGCAAUCACUUAUUGUGAGAGGUCUUUUCCCUAUGCUGGCAGAUCCUAGCCACCCGGCUGAGACUAAAAGUGGGACAAAUGAAUCAAUUUUGAAGGUUGCUUUAGACCAUGGGAAGGCUUUUGGCAUAGUAAAACCACAUGACCGAGUUGUUGUUUGCCAGAAACUGGGUGACUCUUCAGUUGUGAAGAUUAUUGAGCUGGAAGAUUGAUUACAACUUUCUGAACCUCUUCAUUUUAGCAUUUAUUUUUAGUUAAAGAAAAAUAAUAGACAAAUGAGAUGAUAUUGUAGAGGUUGCUCCACUCAUUUUGUUGCUGAACUGAGUCCUGUAAUCCAGUUCAUUGCUGAGUGAUAUAGAGUGGAAAGGAUAUUUUGUUGAGCGGUUGUUUUAAUAGGCAAUCACAGUUUUGAGUUAUUAAUGGCGUGAACAUCGAAAAACCUUACAUAAUUAUUUUCCAAAUUUCUUUCA